AUGUCGAGACAUUAUAAUACAGUUGAGCGUCUGGAUAGGCCUAGUGCCUAUUACCAGAGCAAGAACAAGCGCCGCAGGUAUAACGAUCGAGACGACGAGAAGCACGAGGACCCUACUGAUAACCUGAGGAAUGCUACUACUCUUUAUGUCGGUAAUCUUUCUUUCUAUACAACCGAGGAACAGAUCCACGAGCUAUUCGCCAAAUGUGGCGAGAUUAAACGUCUAGUCAUGGGAUUGGAUCGUUUUCAAAAGACUCCAUGCGGUUUCUGUUUCGUUGAAUACUACACCCACCAAGAUGCCCUGGAUUGUUUAAAGUACAUUGGCGGAACGAAGCUUGAUGAGCGAAUCAUCCGUACGGAUCUUGAUCCUGGAUUUCAAGAGGGUCGUCAAUACGGGCGUGGAAAAUCCGGCGGUCAAGUGCGAGACGAAUACCGGGAGGAAUAUGAUCCAGGCCGUGGAGGAUAUGGACGAUCAGUUGCAGACCAGCGCAGACGAGAAGAGGAAGAAUAUGGAAAGGGUAGGUAG